CUACGGCUAAGCUUGCAGACUUCGAGGCGGCAAGGAAGGACAGAGGAGAGCUUCACCGUAUCGGCUCAACACUCCCGCACGCCGCCACACACCCGCCCCUCCCCUCCCGUCUUCUUCGCGCGUCGCCGAGUCCGACUGUUGUCAAGCCAACACACGAGGUGGCGGCAGAAGGGCUGUGAGAUUGGGGGAAGAGGAUAUCUCUGCUCGCCGGGCCUCCAUCUGCCGAAGAUCCAAGGCUGCGACAGGCGUGCACGUGUUGCUGGCUGCUACUUGCGAGGUGUUGGGUGGUGGAGUGUUUGGUUGCAAGGCAACAGGUCUAUCUGUCAUAUGAGUGCAGCGUCCGGUACUGCUAUCUGGCUGGUGUCCACGUUUCCCCCCUGUGAGGCCCGACACCCCUAUGUUACUACAUGAGCACACAAGUGCACUCCACCUCACUAUCUGCUGCUGCUACUACUGCUGCUGCUGCUGCCUCUGCUGCGCCUACUGCCGCCCAGCCGUCCGACUCCCCCGCUCCAGCCCUACCACCUGUGCCAUCCUCGACGACGCCUGUCGCCCAGCCCAUCACCCCCGGGACUCUCACGCCGCCCUUGUCCACACCAACCGCCACAAGCACCAGCGGCAUCAUUCCUGGCCUCGCUGCGGCCACAGCGUCCACCCCUGUGACAUCCCCCCACGCCCAAGUGGCCACCAUCAGCACCCAGACAGGCACGUCCACACCUGCACCUAGGUCGCCGGCAGCCACCAGACCUCCCACCGCCACCACCGCCGCCACCACCCCCACCACCGUGCCGUCAUCCGCCGCUGCUGCUGCUGUGGGUCCGGGAGGGGGCUUCAUUGAGGGGGAGCGUGGGAGCGGCCGGGGGGGUUUGCGAGGCGGCCCUGGGGGUCAGCAUGACGAGGGUGUGCAGACGAGCGUGACCCCGACCAACACGCUGUUCUUUCGCAGCCUCAACAGGGCUGUGAGGGAAGACGACCUGGAGAAGCUCGUGGGGCCCUUCUGCGAGGGGGGGCCGCCCAGAAUCCUGCUGCAAGCGCAAAAGGGACACGCGUUCGUCCAGCUGCCGGUAGGGACAUACACAGAAACCCGACUCAAGGACAAGACAAGCACCAUUUCUCUCCCUCUCCACGUGUGUGUGUAGUCUGUGUCAGCGGCCCAGCGUUGCCUGACGUAUUUCCAGCAGACGCCCCCGACAGUGAAGGGUACGAUGGUGCAGUGCGCGUACUCUGCGCGUGACGUGGCGUCGCAGAAGGAGCUGCUGCAGACGCUGCGGGAGUCGUCACGGGUGCUGCUCGUGCACGUUGUCAACUGCAUGUAUGAAAGUAAGCUAACCUAAGCUAAGCUGAGCUGUCGGGGGGAGGGGUGGUCAUGGGCCCAACGAUGGAUGGAUGGCUCCCUGUCUACUCUGCAUGUCAGUGAAUAUCGACAUCCUGCACCAGAUCUUCUCGCGAUACGGCAUCGUGGAAAAGGUCAGUCAUCUCACUCACAUGGCUGCUCGGCUGCGCUGGGCUGGGGUGGAUGGAAUGGAUGGAUGUUUGUGUGCGGUGCAGAUCGUGACGUUCACGCGAGACCCGAGUGCGUUUCAGGCGAUGGUGCAGUUUGCGAACGCCAAAAACGCCACAGACGCCAUGCGGCACCUCGACAACCAAAACAUAUUCGGAGACGCUAACACGCUUAAGGCGCGCUGAGUGCCCACACACACGCACACGCACAUACGCAGAGCAUCUGUCCAUGUGUUGAUGUGUCGGUGGAUCAGAUUCAGUACUCGACCUUCUCGGAGCUGACGGUGCGCUUCAACAACUCCAAGAGCCGCGACUACAACAACCCCAACCUGCCCCCAGGACCACAGGCCAGGGCACAAGCCGCACAACGUACGUAAACGACACACACACACGGAAACAGGGAGGGAUGCAGAGAGGGAAGGUGCGUUAAUUUCAUCUGUGUGUUGGUGUGAUAUAUGUUUCUGGUUCGUUCAGUGGAGGAUGUCCGGCGUGGAGGCCGUGGUCGUGCUGCCGGUCCAGCUGGCGGGUCCACCCUGAUGGGCGGCGUGGGGCCUCCUCCCGGCAGGGGAGCACCCCCGCCCCAGGCCAUGGCCACUCCCCCAGGCGCCACCACACUGGCCCAGCCAUCCCCAUUCCCCCCAUACCACCCAUCGCCAGCUCACCCACAUCCGCACCAGCACCCGCACCCCUCCGCCCACGGCCCUCCCUCCUACCCCCCUCUGUCCAUCCCCACCAUGCCGCCAGUGUCGCUCAAGCCGCUCUCACCUGUGGGCCCACUCUCGCGGCUGCCCAUAGGAAUGCCUGGCGGUGUGGGGCCGCCCCCUGGUGCUGCUGCUGGGCCGGCGAGGAUAGGCCCUGGUCCUGGGAUGCCGGGCGGGCCGCACCCCCACGGGCCCCCACAGAUGUUGCCUGGUGGGGGUCCGCACAUCGAGCCGGGUGGCGCUUUGCCGGGAGGGACGACAUGGACGCCUGAGCAGGCGUCGAGGCUCGUCGGGCUGCUCGGCAUCCAGUCGGGGAACCUGCAGCAGGUCCGUGAGGCGGGGUUGGGCAAGGUGAUUUGGGUGCCAUCCGUCUCCUCUCUGCUCCAUGUGGCUCUGUGCGUGUUCCUUCAGACGCCAGUGAUAAUCUGUUACGGGUUGGACGACAGCGUGACGACGUGCGACCACCUGUUCAACCUGUUCUCCUUCUACGGCAUCGUGACCCGGGUCAAGAUACUCGCCAAGAGGGGCGACACCGCACUCAUCCAGUUCGCCGACGCCAUAUUCGCCAUUCUGGCGCACCACUUCCUGCAGGCACGCCAUUCACUUUGGCCACUCACACACGAUUGUCAGCCAGUCUCUGUGUGUGGUGUGCAGGGCGUGGUGAUCCACGGCAAGCUCAUCCGAGUGGGCUUCUCCAACAACCAAGAAGUCACGUAAGCUGACCGCACUUACAAAGAAUCGACAAAUGACAAAUUGCGCUUUGCGUGUGUGUGUGGUGGGGGGGUCGUGUAGUGUGCCGGCGAGUUAUCCCUCCGGCCGUAUGGAGGACCCCAAGACAGUGCGGACGCGGCUCUACACCGCCGAGCAGCAGAGAUACGCAUUCGGACGGGUGAGUGGGGCGGCGCACAGGCCAGACAGACGACGGCAGGAGAAACACGUUGGUUCCAGCAUCCAUUGAGAUGGCCCCCUGUGUUGUGCUGUGCUGUGCUCUUUGUUUGUGGUGUGGUGCAGACGAUGAACGACAGGAUAUUGCGGAAUGCCUGCCAUCCGAGCCCCGUGCUGCACGUUGCGAACAUCAUACCCACUGUGCAGGGUAGGGUCAGCCAGCCAGCCAGCCACCGACACAACCAAGCACUGACAGCCACUUCAUCACCUGCUGCUGGUCGCUGUGUGUCACAAUCUUGAUUUUAAUCAGAGGGCGAGUUGACCGAUCUGUUUGCGCAGUACGGCACAGUCGGAGGCGUCAGGGUCAGCAUCCAGACCGUCAUACACACAAGCACGCAGCACAGCACCGUCUCGCAAUUACGUGUGUGUGUGUGUAUGUGUGUUGGUGGCCUGUGACUGAUCUGCGCGUUUGCCAGUUCCUGCCGCAGCGCGAGAAGCAGGAGUCGCGGAUGGCACUCGUCAGCAUGGCGUCCAUCAACGAGGUACGACUCACCCCGGCAAGGCACACAUGGCCCGGCUGCCCCUCACUCUCUGGUCCGUGUGUGUGUGGGUGCAGGGUGUGCAAGCUCUCAUCCACCUGCACAACUACCGGCUCAGAGACAGGUGGAGCAACAACCAGACACAGAAGGCGUCUCACAUCACACACACGUCCCCUCUCUCCUUCAGGCCGCUGAAGGUGUCCUUCUCGAAGCAGAAGUUCGACCGCCGCCCCUCCCAGAGCUCACAAGAGGCGCCGUCCCCCUCCCCACGACCCACACCACCCAACCACUCGGGCGCAGGCCAGGAACAGCAGCAGCAGCAGCAGCAGCAAGGGGCAUCUGGUGCGGGAGCAUCGUCCACCAGUGGUGGCGGGGCGGCUGCCUCUUCGUCACCAUCGGCAGCAGCAGCAGGGGAGGCGUCAUAGACAGACAUGGGGGGAGGGAGGGAGGGACAAGGGGGGGCUGGCUUGGGUGUAGGUCGGUCAGUCGGUCGGUCCAUUUCUGUGUCUGCCUGUGGGCAUUUGGAUGGUUGGUUGGAUGGAUGGAUGGAUGGUCAGACAGGCAGGCAUGUGAGUGAGUGCGGGCGGGCGGGAUAAUAUGUCAUGGGGGGUGUUUGGUUUACACACACCAAUAUCAUAUCAUGUACACAGAUGAGAUGAGAUGACGACGGUCAGGUCAGGUCAGCUAGAUGGGAUCCAAGACGCAAAUGCUCCGCCCCCCAUUCUACCUUUCUGUCGACCGCCCGACCCGACCGGCAUGAGCCAGUCUGUGCGUGUUCGUGCAUGUGUAUGCGAGCGGGUGGUACGUGGGUGCGUGUGCGCGUCGCUGUGUUCUUUUUUCUUUCAUGGCGAGCGAGGCGAGCUUCGUUCCGUCAGCUGAGCUGCACCUGGGUUGCUGACAGGCAGACGGGCAGGUAGCCACGGAACGAUGGAAGGAGAAGCGGGCGGGAAUGGGGAGUGGUCUGCAUGAGACUAUGGAUGGAUGGAUGGAUGGAUCGCAGUCCUGCUCUGCUCGCCGUGGUUGGAGCUUUGGUGCGUGUGAAGUGUGGUGUGGUGUGGUGGUAUUUAAGCACACACGGUGGAGGUGGAGACGAAGGAAGGAAGGAGAGAAGAAGCGAUGGACGGAUGGAUGGCUCAUGUGUCGACCGAUGUACAUGCCAUGCGUGUGAAUGCCUGCCUGACUGUGUGUUCUAUGUCGUGUGUGUAUUGCCGUCGUGUCCACUAUCCACCCAUGUGUAGAUCCAAUUAAGCCAGGAGAUUGCAUACCCUGCCAGCCAGAGAGAUCUCUGCCUGCCUGCCUGCCUGUCCACCGUUGUCUAUCUGCGUGUCGACACAUCCAUCUCGAGUGAGCGCACUUCCUUCCAGUGAGAGUUUUGACCGUUGCCGGGCCGUUUUGUGCAUCAGCCAGCCAGUGAGCACCACACACCGACCAAGCAUCCAUCCCUCACACACUCGCGCAGAUCGAUCCAACUUUUUUACUUUUGGCCGACCAACCGAUGAUCGGUGUGGUGGCCUCUCACCCACCCGCCGCCCAUCCAUCCAUGCAUUCACUCAGGCAGGCAGGGACUCACUCGUGUGGACGAAUGAUGCGAUCGAUAAGGAAGAGCAUACGUGAGUGCGUAGUGAAUGAAUGGGUCUCGGCUCUCAUUCAGGCUCUCUCUCCUCUCCACCACCCUCCUCUCUCUAGGCUAAUCUCCUCGUCUUGUUUCCUCUCCCCUCUCUUGUGUGGUGUGUUGUGCUGUCUGUCUGGUUCCUCGGUAGCUGACUUGUGUGUCUGUGCUGAUACCUGCCGCGCUCGCCUAUGCUCUGCUCGUGGAAGAAGAAUGAAUGGGGCAUAGAAGUUCUCUCUCUCUCUUGCCUUCCUCUCUUGGCUUGUCUUGUUGUUUCUUGGCUGGUUGGUCGCUCUGCUACCCACUAGUGCUACUCUGCUGGUUAAUGCUAUCUAAUGCUACGCUGGUUUAUAAAUACCCAAGGGGGCCCGGGAAUGGAUGGGUUCUUUCACACACAGGGAGGUUUUCAUGGCUGGCCGUGGCGUGGCGUCCACCUCCCUCAGCUGCCAUCCGUGUCGUUUUUAUAGUGAGAAGACAGAUCGAUUACGCCUUUUUUUCUUCUCUGCUGCUGCCGUCCCUUGAGAAAGAUUCACGCAUGCCUUCUAGGAAAGCCAAGCCGCUACUGUCGGGUUGGGAGCGAGGGAUGGGGCGGGAUGGACUGAGGGGUGGGGCGGGUAGCCGGGCCAUCCAUCGGUCGACCAUCGGUAUUUUCUUCCGCCCGUCCGUCCGUACGCCCAUACACUCACUCGUCGUCCACUGAUGGAUGGAUGGAUCGGACGCACCGUUUGCUGCCGCCGCAGUCAGUCACCAACCAGUGAGUGAUGAUAGGGAGGGAGAGAGGUAGAGAGAGGUGAGUGUGGAGCCAAGGGGAGGGGGGCUCUUUAUCCACGCCGCUCCUCACCGACAUGCAUACGUGCCCUAACAGAAAUACAUACAUGCCUGCAUUCACCUGCCUGUCUUCUAUGAGUCAAAGAAACGAACAUGCUCUGGGUGUGUGUGUGUGUGUGUGAAUGGCUUCGUGACACGAGUGACCGACCAUUGGUGUUUAUCUUGUCUGUCUGUUUGUCUGUCUCUCUGUCUGUCUGUCUAUGUGUUCUGUGUCAUCUGGGCAGCUAGCUAGUUUCAUGCAUACGCACAGGGGGUGCAAGGACAUCUCCCACCUCACUCUCCUCGCCUCGCCUCGCCUCUCCUCUCCUCUCCUGCUAUGUGCUCCUGCCUUUCCUUCUUCCUUCUCUCUGUCUUCUGCCUGCUGUGCUGACGCGCUUUCUCAC